CAAGGCUUUUUCCGCAGCCAUCACACCAUGACUCACAGUUGAAAUAUUUUGUGAUUAGUCGUGUCCUUAUCUACGUCUUUAACAUUCCUAGCUUACAUUAUUCUAAGACCAGUAAAACAAAAGUUCCAGAGUAUUUGUGCCCUGAACUCGUUGAUUGCGCUUGUACAUGAAUGGCUGUUACGCCUUUUCUAAAUUUGCGCAACUUAGUUUUGAAUAAAUGCAAUAAUUUUCUUCUCCCAGGAUCGUCUCGAGAUACCUGCUACAAAUUUUUAUUGGAUGGAUACUUUGUGGGAUUCGUUCAUCCAUUAUUUCUGGAUUGGCUAUUAAAGUAUACAAAAGUUUUCGUGAAAACUUCUCACCCAAAACAUGGUGAUCAGUGUGUAACAAUACAUCAAUCCUUGACAAAUGUGAACGAUCGUAGCAGCGCAGUUGCAGAAGUUAUGCAAGAUUUACGAACUACAAGUCCUAUAAAGGCUCUUAAAGGAUGGAGGAAUGAAGAUUAUGGCGUUUAUAUUCGUAAUCGUGAAAAAGCAUUGUUAAAAGUUGAACGUUCAGCUUCAAGUCUUUUGGGUAUUAUACGAUAUGGUGUGCAUGUAAAUGGAUUUUUUUCAAGUCGAAGAAAUUACUCUCAAAAAUCUGAUCGACCUACUAAUGGAAACCUACAGAAUUCAAAUGAUACUAAUUCUCUUAAUGGAAUUGAUCCAGACAAUGUUUUCAUGUGGCUUGGAUUACGAUCAAUGGAUAAACCUACAUGGCCUGGAACACUUGAUAAUAUGGCUGCUGGCGGUUUAACGUAUGGUUUAGAUGUAGUAGAAUGUGCUCGAAAAGAAUGUCAAGAGGAAGCAAGUAUACCAGAACAUAUGUUGAGUAAAUUAACUCUUGUAAAUCAACUCAGUUAUAUUUUCGAAGAUGAACGUGGUGUUUGCCCACAAAUCGAAUAUUGUUUUGAUCUCGAAUUACCGUCAGACUUCACUCCUGUAAGCUCUGAUGGUGAAGUGGAUAGUUUUCAGUUAGUUAGUAUAUCGGAGAUUAAACAGCUUAUCUUCGAUGAACGCUUCAAAUCGAAUUCAGCUAUGGUUGUUUUGGAUUUUCUGUACAGACAUAAAUUUAUUGAUCAAGACUCUGAUCCAAGGCAUGCAGAAAUACAAUCUAUGAUGCACGUCAAUCUUCCAUUUGAUUAAUUAUGUUUGUAUAAGUUAUAAUUUUUAUUGUCUUUGAUCUCUAUUUUAUCUUACAACCAAAAACUCCUUUCAACUUCAAUACAUUCGGUCAUUAUCCAAUAGAAAGUGAUUAUUCCCUUAUUCCUCUUAAGUGUUGCUUUAUUUCUUUUAGCAUAUGAAAUAGGGAGGUAGAACUUGAAAAGCUGUUAAUUUAGUAGUCAAUCUCAAAAUGAGAUUUUCCUUCUUGUACACUCAUUAAAAGAGUCAUACUUUUCAAUUAACUAUCUUAAAAACAAUCUCUUUACGUAAAUUGCACCUAUCUAUUGUUGGUCAGUGAGCAUUUUCUUCAUUUACCUCUAAUUGUAUUUCAGUUCAUUUUAUUACCAGAUAUACAUUUUUCUGUGUAUGAAUAUGCUGUUAAAAAUGAGUGAUUGGUGGUUAAUCGUUUUUGUUAAUUAUAUAGAAAGUCAAUUUCCAACAGUCUUUUUUCUUAUACUUUUUGCACUACAAAUUCAUUUAUGUUUGCUAUGAAAUGUCCACCAACAUAAAGACUAGGACUUCUUUCUAACACUUGACAGAAAGUGAUACUGUAAUGGCUUUCUUCUUGGUCAGUUUUUAAUAAUACAGAAAAUACAAGAAAUAUUAUUUGU